CCUCUUCACUGAGAGUUCAGAUGACGUGUUUCCGAGGCUCUCGCGACUGGAAAGUCCCCUCUCACACACACGGACAUUAACCCACAGUAUUAUACGGUUUGUUCGGGCGUGAAUCUGCUGCUCUCCCGCGAGCGGAGCGGGUCAGGAAGGGGAGGGUCGCGAGGGCUGAGGAGAUCUUCUGGCUCCUGUCCUCAGUGUUGGUGGUAUAGCCGAAGUAACUUGAUGUCACUGGAUUCUGAACAAACACACCUUCAGCGUUGAAUUGCUGUUCUAUGAAAAAAUCUCCAACUCUCCUGUGGAAAUAUCUGUGAUAGACUGUCCUCUUUGCUGGGGGAAGCUUUGAAGAAAUUCAAGCGAAAAAUAGGACAUUAUAGGCAGUUUUGAUGGGGCAAAUCAGAGCAGUGAUAAAUGCUGCUGAUGCCUCUCGGGUGUCCCUGUGAAUCUGAAACUGUAUCCAGAUGUUGUGGUUCUUCUUACUGUUUGUCCAUCUGCAAUUGGUCAACUGUUGUGGCCCAGGCGAAUAUUUAAUCCUUGGACUGUGCUGCCCAACGUGUCCUGUGGGAAGUCGUGUGUCAAAACAUUGCACAGCAGAGACCAACACUGGAUGUAGGGCAUGCACACAUGGUGAAUACAUCGACCAUCCCAGUGGGCUAGAAAAAUGUCUCAAGUGUGAAAGUUGCGAUUCAGGAAUGGGACUUUUAGAUGCACAGCAAUGCACCUACUUCCAAAAUUCUAUUUGUCAUUGCAAAGAAGGUUACUUCUGUGUGGAGAGGAAAUGGAGAGGAUGUGAGACGUGCAGAAAGCACAGCCUGGGUCCUGUAGGUGAAGGAGUUAAAAAGAAAGGAACAAUCUGGGAAGACUAUGUGUAUGAAACGUGUCCUCAUGGAACAUAUUCAGAUAAUGUUUCUACUGAAGAGUGUAAACCAUGGACUAAAUGCAAAGAAUUGAACAAACUUGUGGUUAGACCAGGAAAUGCUUCCAUGGAUGCAGAGUGCAAAGAGAAGAUAAACAUAGCACAUAUAUUGCUUAUUGUAAUACCUGUAAUGACUGUAGCGAUUGGUGGUGUCCUUGGAAUUUUGUACUGGAAGAGACGAGCUGUGAGAAAGCAUACAGACGGGUGUUGGACUCACACGGAUGCCGACCAGGCCAGAAAAUACUGUCAUCCAAGUGACACACAAUGUCCAACUUCAGGCCCCUCAGUCCCUCCCCCAACAGCGAGUGAUCCUCUUAUGGCAGUGUCAGGAACUGAAGCAAAUGAUGUUGACAAAACACGAUUAGGAAACAAUCAGAAAGAGGAAAAUGUGAAUUUGUCGAUACAAAUCUCUAAUGAACGUCAUGAUUCAGGAAUUGGUAGUUCAGAUACCAGUCCUAGGACUAACUUAGAAAAUAUUGAAGAAGGAGCAGCAAACACCUGAACUACAAGAUCACUCAUGGAGUGGGUUGGAAGUGCUUGGAUUGACGUUUGUGGAGCUUCAGACAUUCUCAGGGCAUUUGAAAUGAAACGUGUGCAGAUCUUUCGUCGAUGGGCAGCCGGAGGAGCAGACGCCAGGGCAGAUACAAGGAAAGGUGAUGGAAACCAACUCACUGGACUCAUUUAAAAGGCAGUUUGAGGUACUGAUGGGCUUUGAAGGAGGCAAGGGAGCGGGCGAGGCGAAGGGACUGUGGGAUGGAGUUUCAAAGAGUAUGGGGCAGAGAGGCUGAAGGCCCAAUGGUGGGCCGUACUGGGACAUGGAGUAGGCCGGAGCCCACUGAGCAGAGUGAACGAUAUGUUGUGGAGGUGGGGAAGCAGAACGGGCCAUGGCACAGAGGACAGCUGAGGGUCAAAUAAGACACAAAGAUUCCAUCCAGUUUCAGUGAGUUCUGCAGUGCAUCUGUGCAUUGUGAUGCUGUCAGUGUGGAGGUGCCGAUGGGAGCCAAGCAGCUACAUUUGCUAUAUCUGUUGUACAUUAUUUUUCUUGCACUUAUAUAGUGCCCUCCACUCAGGGCAGUGCACCCAGAGCACUUUAAAAUCCUUUUUAAAAGAAGCAAUAUACAUUUUUAUACCUGAUUAUGUGAAGAAACUGAUUUACUGUCAACAACUCUGUGUGAAAAUAAAUCUCCUAAACUCUC